AUGUCCUCAAGUGGGUCAUCGAGUGCGCCAAGCGACAAGGAGCUGCCAAGCAGUGGGGCCAAGUCGUCGGGGUCGGGACACGCGAGGCCAGGUCACCAGGACGAACAGGGAGAGCGUCGGCCGGUGACCACGGCAGCGGCUUUGUCCCACGAAGGCGGGCACGACUCACCUACCGUGCAGGCAAGGAUGUCCCGCGUCAACCUGGUCUGCUGCGCUCUGCUGGUUCUGCUGGUGCCGGGUUUGCUAGGAUCGGCGCUAACACUGAUCGCCCUGCCGAGCUGCCUUAACAGAAAGGAAGAGAGUGAUGCUACGGGCACCGUCGCCGCGAUUCCGUGCGUGCCCAAACCUACGGGGCAUCAGGCACCCGCCACACCGGCAACAACCCCUGCAACCACCGCCUCUUCGUCCUCGACGCCUUCGUCCUCGACCCCUUCGUCCUCGACCCCUUCGUCCUCGACUCCUUCGUCCUCGACCCCUUCGUCCACGACCCCUUCGUCCGCCAUCAAUGCUGGCACCCGCGUUGCAUCGGCACUUCUUGGUACGGACACAGCUGCCUGUUGGCAAAGGAGAUAUGUGGCUUAG